AUGUCGACAAAGAAGCUAGCUAAAGAAUUAGGACUGCUGAGGCAGCGUAGUAAAUCAUCCACCGGGCAAAAAACGACACUGCUUUCAAAUCAAACAUUUUCAUACCUGAUCGUCAUUGAUUUUGAGUCGACAUGCUGGCGAGAGAAAAACAACCACACUCAAGAAAUAAUCGAGUUCCCUGCUGUUCUUCUCAAUACAUCCACGGGGAAGAUUGAGUUGGAGUUUCACACGUAUGUCCAACCACAAGAGCGUCCCAUUCUGUCAGCCUUCUGCACUGAGCUAACAGGGAUCACACAGACGCAGGUGGAAGCAGGGGUUCCUCUACGGAUUUGUCUGUCUCAGUUUGGCCGCUGGCUGCAGAAACUACGCCUGGAGAAGGGCGUGGUCUUUUCUACCCAGCAACAGAGCUCCUCGUCUGAGUCGGACGGACAAAAGCUCUGUACUUUCCUCACAUGGUCAGAUUGGGAUCUCGGUGUUUGUUUGCACUUUGAGUGUAAACGCAAGCAGAUCCACAAACCCAACGUGCUCAACAGCUGGAUCGACCUAAGAAGCACAUAUAGGAUGUUUUACAGCAGGAAACCCAAAGGUCUUAAUGGAGCGCUACAAGAUUUGGGAAUACAGUUUUCUGGCAGAGAACAUUCCGGUCUGGAUGACGCCAGGAACACAGCUCAGCUGGCAACGAGGAUGAUGAAGGAUGGCUGUGUGAUGAAGAUCACGAGAAGCUUGGACAGGAUCCCCUUGGCUGUCAAACCCACCAUGCCAAACAUCAGCAAAUUAAGUGCUCACAAGAGCGUAAAGCAUCAGACUGUACAAAAUCAAACAACGUCCAGUGGAAAUAACAAUACUUGCCUAAAGCGUGAGAAUCGUGAUUUAGUUCAGAAUUUGCUGUCCCCAAAGACUGUUCUGGACGCUAGGGCAACACCACGAUGGGGCAUCCAGAACAACAGCAAUGGACUGAUUCUGUGCUCCACCGUCCUUGGUGACAUCAGACCUUCAACCUCAAAUUCUGAAAGUGUGGAGGACUUCUCUGUGGAAGACGAAGACCGCAUCACGUACGAUGAUGUCAUUUUGGAGGAUUCUGACGGAAUGCUCCUUUCAGUUCCUGAGGCUCCAAAUGUGAAUAAAUCAAAGGCACCACAUGUAUUCAAGCCCAAAUGUUUCUUCAUCCAAGAAAGGACAACCACUCCCAACGCCACCAUUUCACAUCCUGCAAGUGCCAUCCCAAGUGUAAGGACUCAAAGUGGCAGUGUCCUGUCCUUGUUGACGAACAACGGAAAGAUGACGCCGCCACUCUGCAAUUGUGGACGCCGGGCAAAGCGUCUGCAAGUGUCCAAUGGGGGGCCCAAUCAUGGCAAAGGGUUCUAUUGCUGUGCCGGGCACCGCUCAGGUGGCGGCUCAGGGGUUGGGGCGCACAAUAAUAAGGGAUGCCAGUUUUUCAAGUGGGAGUCCAGCCUAAAGACGAGGUGGUCUUUGUCGUCUACUCACGACAGAGCCAAGCCGUCGGCUCAGAGGUCGACAUUGAGAAAGAGCUGGUAA